AUGGAGCUGAUUUGCACGACAUUCAUCUUCUUUCUGUUGGUCUCUCCCGGCCUUGGGAUAGAUGGAGAAUUUGCUCAGAAUUUUAUUGCCAUUGCUGGGCCUCUGCCCACUGAGUUGGCAGAUAAAUUGGGGCUGAGGGACCAAGUGCUGCCCCAGGAGGAGCAGGGCCCUGCUGUGGCUGAAGCACAUGGUUCCCUGUGCCAACAAGACCUCGUGGCUUCGGAGCUGCCCCGGUACUUCUCCCACCUUCGGGAGAUCGGGGUGACGCACUACAAAGUGUUCCUGCCGUGGUCACGCAUCCUUCCCGAGGGGAAUGCCAGGGAGCCUGAGGAAGCUCAGGUGCAGUGCUACAGGGAGCUGCUCCAGGCCCUGGUUGCUGCAGAGCUCACCCCCGUGGUGGUCCUGCACCACCAGCGUGUCCCUGGCGCUGUGGCCGCGCGGGCCGGAGGGAGGGAAGCCAGUGCUUUUGCCAGCCUUUUUGUGGAGUAUGCAGAGUUCUGCCUCCGUGCUUUUGGGGACCUGGUGGAUGUGUGGGUCACCUUCAGCGACCUGCAGGAGGUCCUGCAUAGCCUGCCUUACCCUGACCCCCAGCAGAGAGCCCAGGCCGUGGCUGCUGCCCACAAAGGGUUUUACACCAUCUUCCAUGAGAAACACUCGCCGGCCGGUGGAAAACUGUCCAUUGCUUUAGAAACAGGUGGCAUACCAAAGAUAAGAACCAAAAAACAUUUUAGUCUGGGAUGAUUCUUUUCCUUUUCUUUAUUCCAGGAUUCAGUAGACUUUCUGUCUCUCAACCUUCAGUACCAGUGUGGAAAUGAAACAGAUUUCUACAAGAAAUUAGAUGAAUUCCAGAGUGUCUGGAAGGACAUAGAGAUCUUGGUUUUUAGUCUGAAGUUCCUUGGUUGUGCUUCCAUGGAAGAGAAUCCUUUCAUACCAGUAGCUGCCAUUGUCACAGCUCUUAAUAAAGAAGGAACACGGACGAUUGGAUGUGACACUAGUGAGUUCUUGGACUACUUGUCUCAUGUGCUGAGGAUUACAGAAGCAGGAUUGAUUAGUUUUAGUUUAUCAACAAAUACUCUACAGGAGAACCCAGCUGCUGUUGUUGCCCCUCGCUCCUCCUACCAAACAGUUUGGGAAAUGUUUGCUGGACAGUCUGAACUGGAGAGGGAUUCUUUCCUGCAAGACAUUUUCCCAGAUGGUUUCCUCUGGGGCACAUCCACAGGUGCCUUUAGCAUUGAAGGAGCUUGGGCAGAGGAUGGGAAAGGGGAGAGCAUCUGGGAUCAGUUUGGGCAUGCAGGCCAUGUCCACCUGAACCAAACAGCAGACGUGGCAUGUGACAGCUACUACAAAACCAGCUAUGACAUUUUCCUGCUCAGGGGUCUUCACCCCCAGCUGUACAAGUUUUCUGUGUCCUGGCCUAGGAUUUUCCCUGCUGGCACCAAUGAGACCAUCAAUUCAAAAGGUGUUGAUUAUUACAACCAGUUAAUUAACCAGCUGUUGGACUCUCACAUCGAGCCCAUGGUGACUCUGUUCCACUGGGACCUCCCCCAGGCCCUGCAGGCCCUUGGGGGCUGGCAGAAUGACAGUAUCAUAGAUGCUUUUGUGAGUUAUGCAGACUUCUGCUUUUCCACUUUUGGGGAUCGAGUGAAACUCUGGAUCACAUUCCAUGAGCCCUGGGUUAUCAGCUACGCUGGCUACGGCACCGGGGAGCAUCCCCCAGGAAUCACUGACCCAGGAGUGGCAUCUUACGAGGUGGCUCACACAAUUCUCAAGGCUCACGCCAAGGUCUGGCACCUGUACAAUGACAAAUACCGCUCUCAGCAGCUGGGAAAGGUGGGGCUGGUGCUGAACUCGGACUGGGCUGAACCCAACACUCCAGCCAGCUCUGAGGACGUGAGGGCAUCUGAGAGGUACCUGCAGUUCAUGCUGGGCUGGUUCGCCCACCCCAUAUUUGUCGAUGGCGAUUACCCUGAGAUCCUGAAGGCUCAGAUCCAGGCAGUGAACCAGCACUGCUCCACAACAGUGGCACAGCUGCCUGUGUUUACAGAGGAGGAGAAGUCCUGGGUGAAAGGGACUGCAGAUUUUUUUGGCCUUUCCCACUACACUUCCCGCCUGGUCAGUGCCGGGGCUGACGGGACCUGCGCUCCAGGAUACGAGAGCAUUGGGAACUUCUCCUUGCACGUGGAUCCUUCCUGGCCACAGGCUGCCUCUUCCUGGGUCCAUGUGGUCCCUUGGGGGUUGAGAAGGCUGCUGAAGUUUGUAUCCCAGGAAUACACAGGGACAGAGAUCCCAAUAUACAUAGCAGGGAACGGUGUGCCCACGGGAGACACGGGGGAUCUCAUUAAUGACACCCUGAGAGUGGAUUAUUUCCGACAGUACAUCAACGAGGCCCUAAAAGCGGUGAAACACGACGCCGUCGAUGUUCGGUCGUACAUCUCUCGGUCCCUGGUUGAUGGCUUUGAAGGCCCACUGGGGUACAGCCUGAAGUUUGGGCUGCAUCAUGUGGACUUUGAAGACAGCAACAGAGCAAGGACUCCCAAGGCAUCUGCUUAUUUCUAUUCCAGUGUUAUUGAAAAGAAUGGUUUUCCUUCCGAAGCCUUGGGCAGAUCUCCUGCGCCACUGGUGUUUGACCGACCUGCGCCACCAAAGUUGCCAAAUUUACCAGCAUCAGAAGUUCCCUCCAAGGCAAAGGUUGUCUGGGAAAAGUUUUCGUCUCAGACUGCCUUUGAAAGAGACAUGUACUUUCAUGGGACAUUCCCAGAGGGCUUUACCUGGGGUGUGUCUUCUUCUGCCUACCAGAUCGAGGGAGGCUGGGAUGCUGACGGCAAGGGGCCCAGCAUUUGGGAUACCUUCACCCAUGUCCCAGGGAAUGUAAAGAAUAAUGACACUGGAGAUAUUGCUUGUGAUAGCUACCACAAGGUGGAGGAAGAUAUUUACCUGCUGAGAGCCUUGGGGGUAAAGAACUAUCGUUUCUCCCUGUCCUGGCCUCGAAUUUUCCCCACUGGAAGGAACAACUCAGUCAACAGCCAUGGAGUUGACUACUAUAACCGUCUCAUUGACGGGCUGGUCGCAAACAACAUCACUCCAAUUGUCACUCUCUACCACUGGGACCUGCCCCAAGCUCUCCAGGACAUCGGUGGCUGGGAAAACAACACCCUGAUUGACCUGUUUGACAGCUUCGCAGACUUCUGUUUCCAGACCUUCGGGGACAGGGUGAAAUUCUGGAUCACGUUCAAUGAGCCCUACGUCAUUGCCUGGCUGGGCUAUGGCCAGGGGACGUUCCCUCCCAAUGUCCAGGACCCUGGCAGUGCUCCCUACAGGGUUGCCCACGUCCUGCUGAAGGCCCACGCCAGGGCCUACCACACCUACGACGACAGGUACAGGGCCAGCCAGGGAGGGGUCAUCGCCCUGUGCCUCUACAUCCACUGGGCCGAGCCCAAGUCCCCCGGCGACCCCAGGGACGUGGAGGCCGCAGACAGGUACCUGCAGUUCAUGGUGGGCUGGUUUGCACACCCCAUUUUCAAAAAUGGGGACUACCCCGAGGCGAUGAAGUGGAAGGUCGGGAACAGGAGUGAGCUCCAGGGGCUGCCCUCGUCCCGCCUGCCGGCGUUCACGGCGGAGGAGCGCGAGUACAUCCGGGGCACGGCGGACGUGUUCUGCUUCAACACCUACACCUCCAAAAUCAUCACCCACUCCACGACCCGCCUGAAUCCCUUCUCCUAUGAGUAUGACCAGGAAGUUUCAAUCAGCGCUGACAGCUCCUGGCCUUACUCAGGUCUCGAAGGCCAUCGGCCCGUGGCCUGGGGGCUCAGGAGGCUCCUGAACUGGAUCAAAGAGGAGUAUGGAAAUCCCCCAAUAUACGUCAUUGAGAACGGGGUGGCGAUAGACACCACAUCGGAUGUGGAUGACAAUGCCAGGAUAUUUUACUACAAAACAUACAUUGACGAAGCUUUAAAAGCUUCCAGGUUAGAUGGUGUUAAUCUGAAGGGAUACAACGCUUGGUCCUUCAUGGAUAACUUUGAGUGGUCGGAUGGUUAUGACCCAAGGUUUGGAUUGCUCCAGGUUGAUUUCAACAACCCCAACAGGCCCAGGACCCCAAAGCGCUCGGCUGUGUACUACGCUGAAAUCAUCCGCAGUAACGGGAUCCCACUGCCCAGAGAGGAUGAGUUUGUGUAUGGAGAGUUCCCAAAGAACUUCUCGUGGAGCGUAGCAACUUCAGCAUACCAGAUUGAGGGAGGAUGGAGAGCAGAUGGGAAAGGACUGAGCAUUUGGGACAAGUAUUCUCACACUCCCCUGAGAAUCAGCAACGAUGACACCGGAGAUGUAGCCUGUGACAGCUACCACAAGAUUGAGGAGGAUGUGGAAAUGCUGAAAAGCCUCAAGGUGUCUCACUAUCGGUUUUCCAUCUCCUGGUCCCGUGUUCUCCCAGAUGGGACCACCAGGUACAUCAAUGAAAUGGGACUGAACUACUAUGAAAGGCUCAUCGAUGCCCUGCUGGCAGCCAACAUUAAGCCUCAGGUAACUCUGUAUCACUGGGACCUCCCACAGGCCCUGCAGGACCUCGGUGGGUGGGAGAAUGAUACAAUAAUUCAGAGGUUUAAGGAAUAUGCUGAGCUCCUUUUCCAGAGACUGGGAGAUAAAGUGAAAUUUUGGAUAACCCUCAAUGAACCCUACAACACUGCAUAUCUUGGCCAUGGUGUUGGCACAGCUGCUCCAGGAAUCUCCAUCCGGCCGGGCCGAGCUCCCUACGUGGUGGGACACAACCUGAUAAAGGCCCACGCCGAGGUCUGGCACCUCUACAACGAGACCUACAGGGCCAGACAGGGAGGGCUGAUCUCCAUCACCAUCAGCUCUGAAUGGGCAGAGCCACGGAACCCACACAAGCAGGAGGACAUCGAGGCCUCCAGACGGUUCAUGCAGUUUUUACUAGGUUGGUUUGCCCAUCCCAUUUUCAAAAACGGUGAUUACAAUGAGGUGAUGAAGAGAAGGAUUCGGGAGCGCAGCCUGGCCCAGGGCCUGAGCCAGUCCCGACUUCCAGAAUUUACUGAAAGUGAAAAGCAAAGAAUUAAAGGCACAUAUGACUACUUUGGUCUAAACCAAUACACCACAGUUUUAGCAUACAACCUAAACUUUCCCAGGGUUGUUCAGUCAUAUGACUCUGACAGGGGUGUGGCCACGGUGAGCGACCGCAGCUGGCUGGGCUCCGGCUCUACCUGGCUGAAGGUGACACCCUUUGGGUUCCGGAAGAUCCUGAGGUGGAUCAAGGAGGAGUACAACAACCCCCCCAUUUAUGUGACUGAGAACGGGAUCUCGGAGAGGGGGGCCUUUGUGUUCAAUGACACUCAGAGGAUCCAUUACUACCGGAGCUACAUCAACGAGGCACUGAAAGCCGUGGUGCACGACGGCGUUGACCUACGGGGCUACACCGCGUGGAGCCUGAUGGACAACUUGGAGUGGGCCGUGGGCUUUGAUGAAAGGUUUGGGCUCUACCACGUGAACUUCUCAGACCCCGCCUUGCCACGGCGCCCCAAGGCCUCUGCCAGGUACUACUCACAGAUCAUAAACUGCAGUGGGUUUCCAGACCCAGCAACGGGCCCACAUCCCUGUCUGGAACCGGAGCCAGAAGUGACACCACCAGACCCCACUCCAGGAGCAGCUGCCACUGUGAGCUUUUUGGGAUUGGAUUUGACAUCCCAGAGUGCAGAAAUCGCCCUGUACAUGCUUUUUGCUCUUUCAGGAGUUGGAGCCUUGGCCUUGGCUCUUUUUGGAUACAAAUACGGAAAAUCAGUCAAAAGAUCCCAUAAACAAUCACACAUGGAACUGAGAAGUAAAAUGUAACAUUUCCACUUGCUCAACUGGUUUUUGGGUUUGGUUUUUCUUAAAAAAGAAGGUUCUACCAGCAGAAGAAGAAACUUAGUGCUUGUUCUGCUGCAGCUUUGUGUCUUGCCUCAGAGAUGGCUCCCCAGCAUUGUGGUGUUUGCUUUUCCCAGCUUUAAAAUGGGGAGGAAAAUUAUUCUUCUGUGUUAACUGUCUUUUUUUCUCCAUGGGCAUCAUUGGUUUGAUUUCUUAAGGACCAAAGUGCUUGUUCCUACCUGCAUGUGAGGUUUCUGAGUUUCAGCUGGAACCUGUUUGUGCUUCAGCAUCUUCUGUGGAUCUGAGGGGGGCCCCUCAAAGCUCUACUGCUUCUUAGUGUUUUUAAGACAAGUUAGUGCCUAUACUGGUGAAAACUGGUCUAGACUGUACUGUUCUAGUGCAGCUACUGCACAGAUGGGGUUUUUACCCCCCUUUUCCUUUAUGUCAUGUACAGCAAGGUCGUUUAAACUGGAUUAAAACAUUUCUCUGCUGUGUUUUGAGUUUCCUUGUUUCCCUGUGCCACAGGAACUUCAGAGGAACUUCACAAGACAGUGACAUUUUUCUGGAAAAUAGUUUAUUGAGUGCUUAGGGAAUUAAAAACUACAAGGUUUUGCUUGCAGUUGCAGAAGCAAGAAAAAAGUUAAACAUAAAUUAGUUACCUGAUUUGCUACUUAUAGUGCUUCUGAGACCCUCAUUUUAAUCAGUCAUUGUCUACCAUGACCUUUAUAUUAAUAUAUCUGGCCCUUAGAUUCAUGUAGCAGAAUAUUUAUAGAUUAAAAAGUGCCUUUCUAUGGCAGAGGGUAAUAAUUAUGAAAGCUGAUGGAGGUUUUCAGUCUUUUUACUUUUUUUGCUUCUAGGUCUCACCUAUACUCACUUGAUUUUUCUGACAUAGGUGACUCCAUUCCAGACUCCACCGCAGGAAUAAGAAUUAAGUAAUUCAGUCAGUGUAAAAUAAGCCCCACUUGUCCAGAACCUUUAGUUGACUUAGAUCAAAUAAAAGAAGAGAAGGAAAAAAAAAAAAAA